UCUCGGGGCACACGAAAACGCAUCGGCUUUUGGGACGCCGGAAAGCAACUUUCUUUCGAAUAGGUUCCCUAUGUUAAAAGGAUCUUUUUUCCAAUUGGACUGCCAACGAGGUCAACUACCAUAUGUCGAACCAUUCGAUGCGUUUUCAACACAUGAGCGAUAUUGAACAGGGAGCGCUACUGAAGCAAAUCACGGCUAGGAUUACUAGUACAGAGAAAAGACAUAUCCACAAGACGUCAGUGUUUUGGGAGGUAUGCUUUUUGUUGCCCCGGCCGGUGUUGACCCGCGCGUUUUCUGACAAGCCAAGAUCUCAUGGGGAACGAGGUGGGGAAGACAGUGAAAUGUCCAUAGUUUUUCUUCUCGCUCUUGCCGAAUUCGGACUUGCCGUUCGGGCUGGCCAUGUCCUCGGCAUACUCACAACACUCCUCUGUCUUGCUCAACUUUAUGCUUCUGCAAGGCUUGGCACUGGAAUCUUGGCGACCACGCUGGUUUAUCUCGGCAUGAUAUUGCGAACGUAUAUAGCCGCACUGGUGUACAUUCAGGUCCGAUCCGUUUGGAAAGGUAAAAUCUGGACAGAAUUCCCGGGGCAAUACGAUAAAAACGCUGGCAAUAUCGUUCGCUCCGCACGCGACGACAAUGUGAGAUGCGGAGCAUUGGCUGGGCCUUUGCGGUUUCCUGCAUCCAGCGAUCGUAUUGGAAGCUUGAUAUCUCGAUGGACAGAGCAAACUGAAGGAGUUCGAGUCAAAUCCGUACAUCUGGGAAACAAGGAAGGUUUUCGGCAUGUAGAGUACAUCACAACUUUUUUUGGUUUUGUGGACGAUAUCGCGAUCCAUUAUUUUCAAGAGCACAGUCAUACCGUAGUCGAAUGGCAUUCACAGUCGAGAUGGGCCAGGGAUUUCGAUAGAAACGCCACGAGAUUACGAGAGUUUGUAGAGUAUCUGAGGGCUCAUUGUGAUUAGCUACUGCGUACCGUAGGACUUUGUCCAGCCAUCUGUUUCACCUACUCUGUAACUGCCGGGUUACACCUCAAACUGGAAUGUCAUGCGAAGAGCGAGAUGAAAUCAAAGAUUAGGGCGCACACUAGCGUCGGCAUUCCAAACGGUAAACCUCGCUUGCGAAAUGAAGCUUUUGGCGAACGAUCGUGUCGCAUGAUGGCGGCUGUAUUUGAUUUCUAUUAUGGUCGCUGCAUUUUGAGCCCUUCCCGGCCAUAUGGUCUCCCCAAAAACUAAAUGUAUAGACACUGGGCCGCUUUCGAGCACAUACCCAGCAUUUGCCAGGGAAGCAAUGCAUUUGUUUGCAACGUCUACUUCAUUUGCAAUAUCAGUUUUGCAUUAGUAGAAAUAUAGAAUUUGGGGGUAUGGUAACGGAGAACAUACCAUCCCUGAUUUUAUGUUCGAUAA